AUGACACUUAAUGCAGAAUGUAGUGUUAUCAUUCAAAAUAACAUGCCACUUAAGCUAAAAGAUCCUGAUAGUUUUUCCAUACCCUAUGUGAUAGGGAAGUUUGUAAUAGACAUAACCCUCUGCGAUUUAGGAGCUAGUGUGAGUUUGAUGCCCCUAUCUAUCUGCAAAAGACUCAAAUUGGGAGAAUUAAGACCAACAAGAAUGUCUCUUCAACUAUCUGACCAUUCUGUUAAGUAUCCCAUAGGAAUGCUAGAGAACAUUCCAGUCCAAGUCGGUCAAUUCUUUAUCCCUACCGAUUUCAUAAUAGUGGACAUCAAAGAAGAUUCUAACAUCCCAAUUAUUUUAGGAAGACCCUUCCUAGCCACUGUCGGUGCCAUUAUAGAUGUCAAAUGA